AUGGACGCACCCGAAUUACCCGACCCAUGUGCAACUGAAUCCAAAGCCAAUGAGGAGCACGACCAGCACGAUGCUGCAGCUUGUCAACCGGUUGCUGAUGACGAGAGCGACAAGACCAUUGCACCUUCUUUAAUGAAGAAGCCAACCGAGCAGGAUCAACCAAAUGAAGAAGCGCGUACAACAUCUCUUUUCGAUAUUCCUGCAAGCAUGUUGACACAACGACAUCCAUCACUAUGCAAUGUGUAUAUGAUUACGGCUGAUCAAUACGCAGAGAUAUACAGCAGCUACAUGUCCACACCCUUACCUGAUGACAUUCUUUUCCCUUGGCUUCAUGGCGUGGAUGGUCAAUACUACUUGCAGAAUCUCUUUUUCGGUGUGGAUAAAGUGGAAAUACCCCGACAUCGAGGGUUGAUGGUCGUGCAUGCAGAUUCCAUGUGUCCGCAUCAUGCAAGAAUUGUUCACUCUGUGUUACCUCACGAGAUUUUGGAUGAUGCCACAAGUGACGACGACCCUUCCUUUGCUGAUACAAGUCGAGGUCCCAAUGUCCAUUUACGCAACUUCAAAAUUCAGAUUGCUCGUUAUGCAACCAUCAGCGAUAUCAUUGUAUAUGGAUGUGAUGCUCAUGCAGUGGCAGCACGGAUCGCAAAUGCACAGGCCAAGUUGCGUGAGAAACGUCAAAACGAAAAAGGCGAAAAUGAGAGCCUCUUGGAGUAUCGAGUGCUGAUGAUUCGAGAUCCAUUCCCAGUGAUUGAACAGCAUUAUCCACAUCUUGUCGGCUAUGAUUCUCGUGGUGCGUGCAUCCACAACAUCAGCUUCUCGGAACGUGAACGGAAGGAGAUUCGAGCUAUGAGUGAGGCAAAUGAAAUCACACCCCAUGUUUGGGUUGGCAAUUCGAAUGAUGUACCUGGAUCAGCUCGACCUUUGAAUGAUGAUUUAUUCGACAAUGGCGACUAUCAAAGCAACGACGAUGAUGACAUGGAUAAUCCUUAUCGAUUUUCAAUCUGCAUCGAAUCCUAUGAUCUUGCCGAGAUGCCGCAACCCUCUUCGCUCAUGUUGGCUCGUGAGACGCUCAAUGACUUGACCAAUGAAGAGCUACCAGUUGAGAUCAUUCACCUUGAAUCCCUCUGUUCAUUUACGCCAACAUCGAUCGCUUCAUUUGAUCAAUUCUUUGCAAGAAUGAUACAUUUGCUCGAGUUUAUCGAUGACCAAGCAUGUGCGCAUGGGAGGAAUAUAUUAAUCCACUGCACGGAUGGAUACAGCGAGACAAGUUUGCUAGUGCUUUCAUGGAUCAUGUACAAGUUACGAAUACGACUACCUGAAGCGUACUUGUUUCUACACGAGAGGCGGAGCUUUUUCGUACUCGCAUCCAACAUCUUGAUUCUCCAAUUGAUUGAACAUUCCAUUCUCCACAAUACCGACAAACCAAAAGAGAUCGAAUCACAAAAACGGAAACGGGAUGAUUACGAUGAUGAUGAUGAGGAGGAGGAGGAGGAAGAUCAAAGCCAGCCUUAUAGUCGACAACCAAGUGCCGCUGAAAUACUCGACGACGCGGUGGAUGCCAGCAGUAAUAAUGAUGAUGACCAUGCAAUGAGACGAGAUCAACUUGACUAUCCACCACCUAUUGCAGAUCACCGACAACUCUAUGAUGACACCUAUCUCAACAUUGUAUCCAACCAAUUGAUGCCAUCUUCAACAUUAAAACAUGAUAAUUGCAACAACAACAACAAUAAUGAUACCCCAACAGUUACAUCACCCAUUCAUCAUAUUUUGGAAGAGGAGGAAGAGGGGGAGGAAAACAACGACAACAAUCAUCCUUUUUCAGAGAACAAUGUUGCCAUGGCAAUACCCGCUGAGGACAAUGAAAUUUGGUCACACAACUUAUCGAGCCCGUUGUUACCACCUAUCGAUCCGCAAGAGCUAGCCGACUUUCCCUGGUUUUAUUCAGAACGAUUUGAAGGCUCUUUUCCAUCUCGUAUUCUACCCAGCUUGUAUCUUGGCAACCUGAACCAUGCUACCAAUCCCGACAUGUUGAAAGCCUUGCAAAUAACGCACGUGGUGAGCGUGGGUGAGCAUUCAGGGCUUGAUCCAACCCAAUUUCAAUUGCUGCUUUUGGAUAAUCUAUAUGACGAUGGCAUUGAUUCGAUUCGCGGGCGAUGGGAAGAGGUGACCAAGUUCAUUGAUCAAGCAAAAGGGGCCAAUUGUCUUAUUCAUUGUCGUGUUGGUGUCAGCCGCAGCGCUGCCAUUACCAUUGGAUACAUCAUGAAGCAACUUGGGAUGUCUUUGGUACAAGCCUAUCUCUUUGUGCGAGCCAGGAGACUCAAUGUCAUCAUUCAACCCAACCUCAAGUUUAUUUGCGAUCCUUGA